CAUCCUUUCCCGCCAAAAGCAGAAGCCUCCUCUUUUCUUACAAUAAAAUACUCUCUCAACUUUCGUCUGCUUCUUGCAUCUCCAUUUAAUCUCUCCAUUCCCCAAAUCCCAUUUCAGACAUCCCCUAAAUCCCACGCACACACACAAACACACACAUCUCUUUGGUCUCAAACACUCCAAAUCCAUUUCAUACUUGUCUACAUUGAUACAAGAAUGCCAGAUUUGGGGACCCUGUUAAACCCCUCUUCCACUUCCUCAAUUCCAGACAUCCCCUGCCCUAAUUUCGAUGUUAAGCCUGGCCCCACCGACCACUGUGAACCAACCACUUCUCCCAAGCCUGAUUCGGUUAUAACGUUACAGACAGAUGGUAAUUCUAGCAGCGGCGAUUGGGAGCAGCGGCUGCGCUUUCCGGUUCACAGUCCCAAGAAAAUGAGGGUGUUGAAACGGUGUCGUAAUAAGAAUAAGGAGAAGGCUUCUCGAGGGGAAGAGGAGAAGGCGUCAGGGGAAGUGUCGUGUGUUGUUCCCUUUCUAGGCACUGGAAAACUGGCUGAGUGUCGCAUUUGCCAGAAAUUAGUCCAACCUGGGACAGAGUUUUUAUGCACUGUACGCGGUUGUGAAGCUACAUAUCACUUACUUUGUGCAGAGCAGAGACUUGGAGUUUCAUCAUCACGAAAAUUCAAGUGUCGUCAGCAUGCUUGCUAUCUCUGCAAACAAAAGUUCCAGCUGCUGCGAUGUGUGAGGUGUGAGUUGGCUUGGCAUGCAAAAUGUGCAGCAUUCCCGGAGCAUGUUGUACAUUUACAUGAUCAACCAGGUCAAGCCAUAUGUUGGAAGCACCCUACUGAUUGGCAUGAGGAGAACAAGCUAGCAGUGCCAAUAAACAGUUUAGAGGAAGUGUUCUGUCGCCUACCACUACCAUAUGUUCCAGAGGAGUUUGAUAUUGAUAGAACUUGGAAAGACACUAUUGAGUCUGAAAUGGCACCACCCCCAUAUGUUCACAUCAAACGCAGUAUCUACCUUGUGAAGAAAAAAGUUGAUGCAGACGAUGCUGAUAUUGGAUGUACAAAUUGCACAUCUUCUGAUUGCUCUGAAAAUUGUGUCUGCAGGGUUCAAUGUAUAAGCUGCUCAAAAUCCUGCCGCUGCUCUGAAACCUGCAAUAACAGACCAUUUCGUAAGGGAAAAAAGAUUGAAGUUGUAAAGACAGAAAAUUGUGGCUGGGGAGUAAAGGCUGCUGAAUCUAUCAAUAAAGGUGAUUUUGUCAUCGAGUAUGUUGGAGAAGUUAUAGAUGAUGCUAUGUGUGAACAACGGUUUUGGGACAUGAAGCACAUGGGCACUCAGAACUUCUAUGUAUGUGAAGUUCAGAGAAACUUCACAAUUGAUGCAACUUUCAAAGGAAACUCCUCAAGAUUUUUGAACCACAGUUGUGAUCCCAACUGUAACCUAGAGAAAUGGCAACUAGAUGGGGAAACUCGUAUUGGUGUUUUUGCUGCUCGGCCUAUCCAAGCUGGGGAACCAUUGACAUAUGAUUACAGAUUUAUUCAGUUUGGAGCUGAGGUUAAGUGUCAGUGUGGAGCACCAAAUUGUCGAGGGUAUCUCGGGGCAAAAAGAAAGACCUCCAAGGUGGAGGAGCAGCUGCGCGACUGGGGUUCAAAGGGCAAGAGAACCUCAACAGCUUGCUUUGCAUUCAUUGAAAGUUGAUACUACUCCUGUCGGAUUCUUAUGACUGGACAUCCGGUUACCCAUAUCUUUUGUGUACAUACCUUUGUUUUACAACCAAAUAUGGUAUAGACAACUAAAAAAAUAAGAAAUAACAGAUACUACAGUUUAGCACGCACUAGGGGAAAUCAUAUGUUCGUUCAUUUGGGUUGGGGUUGGGGUUUAGGAUACACGGGCUCAUUACAAAGUCGUAAAAAUUGACUUUGAAUCAUAAGUUGAAGAUAUAUGGAAUCUUAUCUUAGAGGCAUGUUGAUACAGUUUCUGGAAGUUCUUUUGGGAUGCAUUGUAUCUUUCGGUUUAAGAUUUGCAAAAAAAAAUUUGAAAGCGGGAAAAAAAUUGAUAGAGUGACCAAGGGUAGAUAUGGGGAAAAAAAGUUUUUUGAAACUAAUUUAUAAUACAUUUGCUUCAUCUUUAGUUAAAAUUUUUAAUAUAUACCUUUAGUCUUUCUAUGAAGUCCUCAUUUUAUUAGAGUCCACACAUGUUCUGUAAGUAAAAUAUAG